AUGCCUGUUGGACUUCUCCUUCAACUAAUCAGUCUCCUCUUUCUUCUCGCUCCUCUCUUCUCUUCUUUGUCACUCAAAGUCAUGGCGGAUUCUAACAUCGUUAUGAACGGUGACUUCUCUGAUGGGAUUGAGCCUUGGUACCCCAACGGAUGCGAAGCGUUUGUCGUUUCCUCCGACCCAUUCAGCUCAGAUUCAGUCUCCGACUCCUCGAGCUGCGGCUAUGCCGUUGUAACUAACAGGAAUGAUACUUGGCAAGGCCUUGAACAAGACAUCACGACCCAGGUUUCUCCUGGUGUCACCUAUACUGUGUCAGCUUGUGUUGGUGUCUCUGGUCCUUCCCAUGAAUCAUCCGAGGUUCUUGCCACUGUGAGGCUCGAGCACGAAGACUCGCCUACCGAGUAUUUGUUCAUCGGAAAAACAUAUGCUUCGAGAGACAACUGGGUUGAUCUAGAAGGAACUUUCUCGAUAUCGAAUAUGCCUGACCGUGUUGUUCUCUAUCUGGAAGGUCCUGCUUCAGGGAAAGACCUCCUUAUACGCUCAGUUACCGUUAGAUCCUCCACUUCUCGUGACUUCCAGGAAACGGAAGAAAACACAGCAGCUUCCAGUGACUUUCCUCCUGCUUUGAAUAUCAUUAAGAACCAUGACUUCUCUGAUGGGUUGUAUUCUUGGAACUCCAACAGUUGUGAUUCAUUUGUUGUUAGUAGCAACGACUGUGGCUUAGAGUCAUAUGCGGUUGUUAAUAACCGGAGCGAAACCUGGCAAGGACUGGAGCAAGAUAUCACAGACAGAGUUUCCCCUGGAUAUUCGUAUAAAGUCUCUGCUAGUGUUAGCGUAUCGGGACCUGUUCAAACGUCGGCGCAGGUCUUGGCCACUUUGAAGUUAGAGCACCAAAGCUCACCAACCGAAUUUCAGCUUAUUGGAAAAACUUAUGCUUCGAAAGAUAUUUGGAAAACUCUGGAAGGCACUUUUGUAUUUUCAGGAAGGCCUGACCGUGUUGUAUUCUUCUUGGAAGGGCCACCUCCAGGGAUUGACAUUCUCAUAAAGUCUGUCACCAUCCAUUGCGAGAGCGAUCAUCAGUUUGAGUAUACACAGAGUAGCCGAGAAUUCUGUCCAGCUCCUAAAGCUGAUCAUCACAUCUUCCUGAAUUCAAGCUUUUCCGAUGGACUCAACCAUUGGUCUGGAAGAGGAUGCAAUCUUAUGUUACAUGAGUCUCUAGCUGAUGGGAAGAUACUACCGCAUUCUGGAACCUGUUUUGCGUCUGCAACAGAGCGCACACAUAAGUGGAGCGGAAUUGAGCAGGAUAUAACAGAAAGAGUCCAGCGGAAACUCAUUUAUGAAGCAUCUUCCGUUGUUCGGCUAUCGCAUAGCCAUCACACCGUGCAGGCCACUUUGUAUGUUUUAUACCCUGACCAACGUGAAGAGUACAUCGGCAUUUCUAGUGUUGAGGCCAGCCACGACGAUUGGGUGAACCUGAAAGGGAAGUUCCUCUUAAAUGGAUCUCCAGCCAGAGCAGUUGUUUACAUUGAAGGACCUCCACCAGGGAUAGAUGUUUUUGUCGACCAUUUUGAUGUAAAGCCUGCAGAGAAAAACCCUCCUUCAAGACGACCAUAUGUCGAGAGUCAUGCUUUUGGGAUGAACAUAGUUUCGAAUAGCCACCUAACCGAUGGAACAAUCGAAGGCUGGUUCCCUCUUGGAAACUGCCAUUUAAGAGUUGCAGAAGGCUCUCCUAGGAUACUACCUCCGCUGGCGAGAGACUCACUUAGGACAACAGAUGGGUAUCUAUCUGGACGAUACGUGCUUGCGACAAACCGAAGUGGAACAUGGAUGGGUCCUGCUCAGAUGAUAACUGACAAAGUGAAGCUGUUCGUAACAUACCAGGUCUCAGCUUGGGUCAAGGUUGGCUCAGGAGGAUUAACUUGUCCACAGGACGUGAAUAUUGCACUCAGUGUUGAUGGUAAAUGGGUUAAUGGAGGAAAAGUAGAGGUGAAUGAUGGGGAUUGGCAUGAAGUUGUAGGUUCGUUUAGGAUUGAGAAGCAAGCGAAAGAAGUUAUGAUUCACGUCCAGGGCCCAUCUCCUGGUGUUGAUCUUAUGGUUUCAGGUCUUCAGAUUUUCGCUGUUGAUCGUAAGGCCCGGUUGAGUUAUCUCAGAGAGCAAGCUGAUGUGGUUCGUAAACGCGAUGUUCGGCUCAAAGUCACAGGUUUAGAUCCUAGCGAAUUGUAUGGUGCUACGGUGAAAAUCAGACAGACACGCAACAGUUUCCCACUGGGGUCAUGUAUUAGUCGGAGCAAUAUAGAUAACGAAGACUUUGUGGAUUUCUUUCUGAACAAUUUCAAGUGGGCAGUGUUUGGUAACGAGCUGAAAUGGUACUGGACAGAGCCAGAGCAAGGCAGCUUCAAUUACCGGGACGCCGACGAGAUGCUCGGAUUCUGCGAGCGGCACGGCAUAGAGACCCGAGGCCAUUGCAUAUUCUGGGAGGUCGAGUCCGCUAUUCAACCGUGGGUCCAACAGCUGAGCGGUACUGAACUAGAAGCAGCGGUUGAGAGCCGCGUGACAGAUCUUCUUACCCGUUACAACGGGAAGUUCAGACACUACGAUGUGAACAACGAAAUGCUCCACGGAUCAUUCUAUAAAGAUCGCCUAGGCUUUGAUUCAAGAGCAAAGAUGUUCAAGACCGCGCACGAGUUAGACCCGUCAACGACUCUGUUCCUCAAUGAAUACCACAUAGAAGACGGGUUCGACUCGAGGUCAUCGCCGGAGAAGUACAUAAAACUGGUUCACAAGUUGCAGAAGAAAGGUGCCCCCGUGGGAGGAAUAGGGAUCCAAGGACAUAUAACCAGUCCCGUUGGUCACAUCGUUCGUUCGGCUUUAGACAAGCUGAGCACACUAGGGCUACCUAUCUGGUUCACGGAGCUCGAUGUAUCCUCGAUUAACGAGCAUAUAAGAGGAGAUGAUCUUGAGGUGAUGCUGUGGGAAGCGUUUGCUCAUCCAGCGGUUGAAGGAGUGAUGCUUUGGGGGUUCUGGGAGCUGUUUAUGAGCAGAGAACAUUCGCAUUUGGUGAAUGCGGAUGGAGAGAUUAACGAGGCUGGGAAGAGGUUUCUUGAGAUCAAACGCGAAUGGCUGACUUUUGCGGAUGGAGUGAUUGAGGAUGAAGAAGCUGGACUGGAGUUUAGAGGUUAUCAUGGGAGUUACACAGUGGAAGUUGUUACUUCGGAGGGUAAGUAUGUGAAGAACUUUGUUGUUGACAAAGGGAAUUCUCCAAUUGACAUCAACAUCGAUCUUUGA